AUGGAUAAAGAUUGCUAUCCUGUGAUAGCAGUAGUUGUAGAAGAUUCUUGGCAAAAAGUUCAUACAAAAGUGUAUAUAGCUCAGCGCCUGGUGCUGCAUUGUUGGACUGCAAAAGAUGCAUCAUGUAGCAGAGGAUGGCUGCGAUGCGUAGUGCAAACCUUCUUUGGCUUUGUCAUCGUUUCAAGCUUUGUUCUGAUAGUGCUGAUGUCAUUGAAUAAUACAAGAGAAGUAUUUAUUACUCCAGCUCGAUGUAAGGAAAGACAAUGCAGUGUUGUUUGCGAAAAUACGCCUUUAUAUGGUGAUUAUGAAAGCGAUAUUAUAGAAGCUACUCAGACAGCCGAUGCCAAGUGCGACAGCAUAAUCCUAAUUUUGAGAAACCCUUAUUUUGUUAACUCCACACUCUCAGCAAACUGGUUGUCUUUGAUUCGAACAAGUGUUCACGAACUUGCUAUAGUUGGCGGAAACUUACAACACAUACGACCACAAGCAUUUAUAAAUCAUUUUUCAAGCAAGAUACAUACUUUAAUAUUGGAGAACAUACAAAUAACGUCAUGGGAAUCCGACACUUUUGUAGGUCUCUCAAGUCUAAAACAACUCUAUAUCAAAGAAUGCAAGCUUAUAAAUAUAACAAGUAACGCUUUACAGGCUGUUGGAGCCACUUUAGAAUUCUUGGAUAUCAAAGCAACCUCUCAGUGGAAUCCAGCUUACAUAACGGGCUCCACAAAUCUCACGAGACUAAGUGUUGCAGAUUUCUCGUUGAAUCCGUUUUAUGGUUCGCUUGGAAAGUCGAGCUUUUCAUCAUUGCGAACGUGCAUCGCAUUGUUUUUGAAUUCUUGUAAGAUAACUGCACUCGGAAUGGGAACAUUUGAUUAUUUAGAAAAAAUUGAAAUGUUAUAUUUAAAUAAUAAUUAUUUAGUGACGGUUCCAGAUGGAAUUUUCAAGAAUAUUUUACACCUAAGUCCAAGCGUUACAUUACAAGAUAACUUUUGGCAUUGUGAUUGUUCUAAUGAUGACUUACGUGGGCUACACAGAAAUGGUCUUUUAGUGGUUGAUCCGAUAUGUCACUCCCCGGAGUAUGUAACUGGUUUAAGUUUCUCAGAUUUUGAAGGCUUUUGCGAUAUAAACACAAACAUAGAAAAUAUAAGUAGGAAAGGUUACAAAGAAACAACCGAUUAUGAUUCUCUCGCAAAUUCUAUUUAUAUUAAUGGUGCUUGCUUGGGACUAGAAAAUGGCUCCGAUCUACAAAUGAUAACACCAUAUAGACAUAGUAGUUGUCACCUUAAUAGAAUUCAGGCAGCUGAUUUACGCGCAAUGAAGUAUAAAAUAGGAAAUAGUUCAUCUAGAACUAGUAAUUGGUUGGUACCAAAAUAUUCUGUGCAGAACAAUUACCAUACAAUGAUGGAAUUAUCAUCUUUGGAAUCACAUGGACAAGGACUACUUUGGUAUCAAACAUCGUGUCCACGUGAAUUGUAUUGUGUUGCAACAAUACCUCAAAUUUUAAGAUUAUUUGAUCCUAAUAAUACGGGAAUCCAAUAUACGUUUUGUCCUUUCGAUCUACGAAGUGGCUCUUUUCAAGAUCAAAAUUGUGUUUCUUAUAGUAUAUCCGAUUUUCAGUCACCAUUAAUUGUAGUCCUAUACAAUAAAUUUUAUUUAUACAUAAUACUUUGCCUUGCUGGAAUUCUUUCCGGAGCACUCUGUGUUUAUUUAUUGAUACACUGCAAUCCGUCUUUGCUAAGAUGGAAUAAACGUAUCUUGUUCGUAAAACAUAAAGAAAUAAACGCAUUAAUACUCCCACCAGAAAUACCUCCAAGGAAACAAUCCAAUUCAGAUGCUGAAAAAGAAAACAAUAAAAUAUUCUAUGUGCCCUCUAAUGAUGAAAACUUAACAAAUCUUAAACGUUCUACAUCCUUCCAUAGCACCAGUAGUUAUGAUGCCAGUUACAUAUCAGCUAUUGAACCCACCAAAGAGCAGUUAGAUAAAUGGAGAUACCAAGAUAUUACAUCUCAAUACCAUUCUUUCGGUUCCAAUUUGUAUAACUUUUCUAACAUGUUUGAUUCAGAAUCAUUACCUUAUUGCUCACUUAAUGAUGAUAAGUACAUAAAUUCAAAUAGUUUUGAUAAAACUUAGAAUGAUGUCUCAAAAAACAUUUCAUGUAAUUUCGUUUAGCUAUACAAGCCAAUGUCAGCUAUUGACACUUCCAAUUUGAAUUGCGCCUCAUAUAUUGUGUCAGUCUCAAAACUUAAUAAAGUAGCUUUAUUUGCACUUUCUGUACGACAUAUUCAUAAAUAAAUUACAAAAAGAGUAUUUUAAUACCCUAUGUCUCAGUAAAAAAAACAUAGCGUGGAUCCACAAUAAGGAGGAACUUAAUGUGCAACAUUCAGGAAACGGUCUAGCCAUUGUCGUCUGCUUUUGAAUCCAGGAUUUUUCUUUAUUUAUAGCUAUAAAUAUGGUAAUUUGAACUUCAUUAAUAACAUUUACAUUCCAUAAAAUUUGUCUAAAACACUAGUAUACCGAUUUUAAAAGAGAACAUAUUCGGUACAACGGUGAAUUCUUGAGUAUUGUAUUAACGUGACGAGGUCUUGUUCACCUGUUACGGUCGCUUCACGUGUAAUUUUUCACAGAGAAUCGAUUUCGUACAGUUGUUUUAUAAAGCGAGGUUUGAAUCACGUGUGUUGUCAAUUGUUUUGGCUCACAACUGGCACAUAUUCUAUUUUUAUUACU